ACUCGGCACCAGAUCAGUGUAAAACAUAAAGUUAGAGACAACGCACGCUUUAAAUAAGCAAAAAUGAUUGCGGAAAUAUUAAUAUUUAUAUUAACAACGUUAGUAGCGUUCGCGUUCUACAGCUACUAUAAGAAUCAGAAUGUUUUCAAGAGUAAAGAUAUGAAGUUCCUGCCCGGGUUCCCGAUGUUUGGAAAUAUCAUCAAAAGCUCCUUCGGGAAGAAUCACAUGUUCUAUGAUCUCGACCGUGUUUACAGAGCUUUUCCGGGUGAAAGCUACGUCGGCUACGUGGAAGGGUUUGUGCCGCUGUACCUGAUCCGGGACCCGUCCAUCAUCAGACUCAUCACCGUCAAGGACUUCGACCACUUCGUGGACCACCGGCGGUUUGCUACUGACGACUUGUUCAAUGAGAGUCUCUUCAUGAUGACAGGCGACAGAUGGCGCGACAUGCGGUCGACGCUGAGCCCCGCGUUCACCGGCUCCAAGAUGCGGCAGAUGGUGCCCUUCAUGAACGAGACCAGCCAGAACAUCGUGCAGUACUUGAGAGAAACCGAAGGACAAGACAUAGACGCUUCUCGACUGAUUCGUUGCUACACGAAUGACGUCAUCGCUUCAACGAUAUUUGGUCUCCAAGUGAACUCGCUGAAAGACCCUGAAAAUGAUUUCUACAAGGCCGGACAAAGCUUGGUGGUGGGAAACUCUUUGACGAGAAGACUUUCCUUUUUCAUCGUCAUGACUAUACCGGCUUUGUCAAAGUUCUUCCCCUUUUUCCCGAAAGAAACGACUGAUUUCUUCAGAGGAAUAGUGUUGAAGACUAUGCAGCAUCGCGAAAACAACAACAUCGAACGACCAGACAUGAUCCAAAUGUUGAUGGAAGCUGCAAAGGGUACAUUAAAGAUGCAAACCCACGACAAGUUAGAUGACAUAGGAUUCGCCACUACCGAUGAAGCGGACAUCAAACCUAAGGGUGAAAUGAGGCAAUGGACACCCGACACUUUGGCUGCUCAAGCCUUUUUGUUCUUCUUCGGAGGCUUUGAGAGUUCAGCAUCAGUCAUCGUGAUGGCAGUCCACGAGCUGGCCGUCAACUCUGAAGCUCAGGGGAAACUUUACGAAGAGGUGAAAGAAUACCACGAGAAACACGGAAAGAUGACGUAUGAAGGCGUACAGAAGAUGACGUAUCUGGAUUGUGUUGCUAAUGAGGCACUGAGGAAGUGGUCCCCGGCGGUAAUAACGAACAGGGUUUGCGUCAAACCCUACGUAUUGCCUCCUCCAAGGGAAGGUGGUAAGCCAGUACAAUUGGAAGUUGGAGACGGUAUCUACAAUUCGGUCAGUUCUGUGCACUGGGACGAACAGUAUUAUCCGGAACCUGAAAAGUUCAAGCCUGAAAGAUUCAAUGACGAGAACAAACAUAAGAUCCAGCCAUUUACGUUCAUGCCUUUUGGAACUGGACCUAGGAAUUGCAUCGCAUCUCGGUUCGCGAUCCUGGAGCUGAAAGUGCUCCUCUACCACAUCGUGCUGAACUUCGAGAUCCAGAAGUGCGGCAAGACGUCGGACCCCGUCCAGCUGGCGCCAGGAGACUUCAACAUCCGCGCCGUCGGCGGCUCCUGGGUCAAGUUCCGCUCCAGGAAUUAUUAUUAUUAUUAUAUCAAAAUGAUCGUCGAGUUUUUCAUAUUCAUAAUAACAGUGGUUAUAGCGUACGGCUUGUACAAUUACUAUGACAAUCAUAGUUAUUUCAAGAAGCACGGCAUUAACUUUAUGCCGGGAGUGCCGUUGUUCGGGAAUACGCUGAAGAGCAGCCUGUCCCUGAUGAACAUGAUCCAUGAACUGGAUGAAAUUUACAAGGCGUUUCCUGAAGACAGGUACAUAGGCCUGGUGCAGAUGACAGCGAGGACUAUAGCGAUAAGAGACCCGGAGUUGAUAAAGCAGGUCACAGUAAAGGACUUUGACUACUUCACCGACCACCGCCAGAUCUUCAGUGAUCCGCUGUUCUCUGAGAGCUUGUUUUCUAUGCAAGGUGAGAAAUGGCGGCAUAUGCGGUCGACGCUGAGCCCCGCGUUCACCGGCUCCAAGAUGAGGAAGAUGGUGCCCUUCAUGUGCCAGACCAGCCAGAACAUCGUGGAGCAUCUGAAAGAAACGGAAGGCCAAAACAUAAACGUUGGCGAGCUGAUCCGCCGCUACACCAACGACGUGAUCGCCUCCACAGCCUUCGGCAUCGAGGUCAACUCGGUGAAGGACCAGAAGAACAGGUUCUAUGAGUACGGACAGAAGAUCAUCAACUUCUCCAGUGUGCAGAAAGCGAAGAUAUUCCUGUCCGUCAUUUUCCCUAAAAGCGGUUUCCAAAUAUUCCCCAAAGACUCCCUGGACUUCUUCAAGCACAUCGUGACGUCCACCAUGGAGUACCGAGAGAAGAACAACGUGGAGCGCCCCGACAUGAUCCAGCUGCUCAUGGAGGCUUCUAAAGGUACAUUGGAUGGCCCGACUGAGGACAAAUCAGAUACAGUUGGAUUCGCUACAACAGAAUUAACAGCAGUGAAGCCAAAGGGGGAAGUACAAAAAUGGUCCAUGGACCAGCUGGCGGCCCAAGCCUUCAUCUUCUUCCUCGCUGGCUUCGACAGCACGGCCUCGGUGCUGGUCAUGGCGUUCCACGAGCUGGCCUUGAACCCCGAGGUCCAAGAGACCCUGUACCAGGAAGUUAAGGAGCAUCAUGAGAAGCACGGCACCGUCACUUAUGAUGGGGUGCCCACGCUGAAGUACCUGGAUGGGGUUUUGAACGAAACACUGCGAAAGUGGCCUCCUACAUUGAUCUUGGACAGAGUGUGCCAAAAACCGUACACACUGCCUCCCCCCAGAGAAGGAGGAAAACCCUAUACGGUGAAAGAAGGCGAGGUGAUAUUCAACUUUGUGAAUUCUCUUCACAUGGAUGAGAAGUACUACCCAGAGCCUGAAAAGUUCAAGCCUGAACGUUUCAGCGACGAGAACAAACAGAACAUCAAGCUGUCCGCAUUCAUACCUUUCGGCAGUGGCCCUAGGAGUUGCAUUGCCUCAAGAUUCGCCAUCUUAGAGCUGAAGGUGCUCCUCUACUACGUGUCUCUGAACUUCAUUCUCCAGAAGUGCGAGAAGACGCGCGACCCCAUCGAGCUGACCCCGGGCGAGUUCCAGGUGCGCUGCAUCGGAGGGUCCUGGGUCAAGUUCCAGGCACGGAAGUGAAUAGAUGAUAUGGGGAAAAUACGCAUACAGGAUGUUGCAAAAAGGGUAUACUAUGCCGCAACCUACGUGUCGUGUGUAGCAUGUUACAUAUAAGCCUGAAAAUGAAAUAAGAAUGUCAAAAUUCGCGAAAAAAAUAUUUCAGUUAGAAUGAAUUCUAUUUUUGUAAAUUUUGACAGUAUAAUUUCAUUUCCGGCUUAGUACGAGUAUAUACCAUUUUGCAACACCCUGUAAACGCUGCUGGGGGACCACUCUCAAAUUCGUCGCGCUAUUUAAAAAAAAUCACGCAGUCGCGACGAGGUAGAGCAGUGGUUAGACCGCGGGCCAAACAAAACUGCACUCGAUAUGAAGAGUGACCUCCCUGGUGUAGCUAACGAAGUGUUUCCACAUUGAGGCUUAUUUUUUUGGUGACGCUACUCUACUACGAAUAUUUAUAUAAAAAAGAAUUGGUUCGGUUGGUAGUAAAUAAAGUAUUGUGUUACAUGCACAUAAAGAUAAUAUGGAUAUUUAAAGUUACUUAUUUGUUAAGUUUACUGUUUUUACUACGUAAGCAAAAUAAACACAUAAUUAAUAUAUACAUAAUGCAAUUAAAACUUUAUUUACUUUUUA